AUGCAAAUGAGGUGUUAUCACAGUCACGUCAGCAGCAGCGGUAGAGCCGCUGUGCCGUGGUCGCCAGCAGGAGUAGAACUAACAACACAGUCACAACUUCGCCGAUAACACUGUCCCUACAUUGACGUCUGGAGUUGCACUUUUGGGUUCGUUUCGGGGACUCAAUAUAAGGAACAUGCUGUAGCUUUGGAGACAGCAAGGCUCAUUGGGACCAGCUUGGAUCCAGUGGAGUUCCAAAGGUGCCACUUACCCUCCGGGCUCUGCCAUGGACUUCUUUAAUGACCCCAACCUCUUCGUUGGAGGUUUGGAAGGGCUGGAUGAGGAUGGCUUCCCCUCAGCACCAUCACUUGUGGAUGAGCUAAACCUCAGUGCUGACUUCGAGCCUCUCCAGGUGGAGCCUCUAGGUCCAGGGAAGCACCAAGACCUGAUUCCACCUGUUUCUACCCAACAGGCCAUACCCACUUACAGUGAGCAGAUGGGUCACUACAUUGGCAUUAAGGCACAGAAUCCUGUUGUGCAGGCAUUUUCUGGUCCUGGGGGAACAGGUGGAGGACGCAGUGGCUUGAUUGCAGACCAACAUGGCCAGUACCACAAUGCUGCCAUGAGCCAAGUACCUCAAUCCAACGGGCUGUUCUGUAACAGUGGCAGUCCAAUGUGGGGCAACCAAGACCAGAAUGGCAAUAUGUACCACCCCUUAUCUCAACAGCAGCAACAUCAACAACAGCUUUGUCAUCAGCAGCAGCAGCAGCAGCAACUGCACAACCAGCAACUUCAUGUCAGACAACAACAAACACAGCAGCAACAACACCACCCAUGUCAUCAACAACAGGAGCAGCAGCACAGAAUGCGGCAGCAGCAGCUGCAACAACAGCAAAGUCAUCAGCAGCAGCUGUUAAACCAGCGCCAGCACCAACAAAUUAACACACAGACUAUGUCCCUGCAACAACAGCAGCAUCACAGUUUCUCCUUUCACCAGGGAGGUCAAUCUCAGAACCAGCAGCAAGUUCACCAUACUCAACAGCAGGUUCACCUACCUGUAGGAGGGCCCAGGUUCCACUCAAGGGCUCUGCCAAGUAAGUCUUAUUUGGAUCAAAAUGCUUCUCUAAGUGGGACUUGCUUACAAGCACAGCAGGGUAGCUACCAGUUGACCAGGGGAGGUCAAGCUUUCUCUGGACCAGGACCAGAAGACCCUAACCUGCCCUUCCCAAUGCAUUCGUCAUCUAUGGUUCACCCCCUGCCCACAUGCUCAGUCAAUUCUGCCACUGCUUACCAACCGGCUGCGUACCCUGCCUACCCUGGAGAGCCAGAAAUACCCAGUCUCAGUCAGCAGUCUUUGUCUUCAGCCUUGGUGUCAAGACCCACCACCACCACCCCUGCACCCCUCACUUCUACAGGGCCUGAACUCUCAGGGACAGUAUGUCAGUUUCCAUCCGUGGCAGUCAUGAGUCAGCAGCACACGAGGGCCUCAGUUAGUCUGGCUGAGGAAUGUCCUUUCCGGGCCCUACAUUGCUCUGGAGAAACGCAGGGAAACUGUAAGUCAUCUGAGAUGUUUGGUGAAUCUAUGAGCUGUUACCCUAUCAUGACCAGUCAACUGCCCUCUGAGCAGCCAGAGAGCUGCGGGGCCAUCAACACUAAUGGAUACCAAGCAUUGGGAGACACUCUCCUGCCAUCGGAGGCUCAAGAUGGUGACUUGGAGGGCCUGGAGCCUCCGGACCUCCUGCCUGACCUACUGCCCCAACUGGAGGCUGCUCUCAGCCAACAGGAUGAAUCCAACUGUUCCUGGGCCGAUUCCAGCCAAGAGAGGGGACAUGAGCAGAGGAAACCACCACCUGUUGAAUACAAGGAAGAGAAGCCUCGAAAGAACGCUAAUGGUCCUGGCAGCCAAGUACGGGUCCUCAGUCCCCCAAUGAAGAGCAGCUCAUCGUCCUCCUCCUCUUCCUCAUCGUCUUCAUCCUCAUCCAGCUCAUCAUCGGAGAAGAGGACACCGCGGAGGACGCAUCAUCAGAUGGAGGCAAUUAUACAGGACAAGCAGGAGAAGGCCAAUAGGAUAAUAUCAGAGGCUAUUGCUAAGGCCCGGCAGCGUGGAGAGAAGAACAUCCCCAGAGUUAUGAGCCCUGAGAGCUUCCCCAGCUCUUCCUCACAGUACAAGACCCACCGUGACCGUGAGCACAAAGGAAACGGCAAGGCACGGCUCAAAGAGAAGGCCUGUAGGAAGGCCUGCAUUGUACCCUCCUCCAAGCCCAAGCAGAAGGCCAAGAUCGGGAAAAUUGUCAUCAAGAUUGGGAAGAAGACAAAACGAAAGCCAGAGUCUUCAGAAGAGUCUGAUGAUGACCCUCCCCCUCGACACACUUCUAAAGAUGUCGACUCUAAGAGACGAUCCAAUCGCCAGGUGAAGAGAAAGAAAUACGCUGAAGAGCUGGAGGCCAGGUUGUCAGAUGAUGAAGUCAAGGUUAUUGUCAAAGCCAAGAAAACCAACACAGUAGCACCCAAGCAGCCUGCUGUGCAACUCUUUGUAGAGAAUCCCAGUGAAGAGGAUGCUGCUGUAGUUGACAAAAUCAUGUCCUCUCGUAUCGUCAAGAAGGAGGUCUCUCCAGGAGUGGUGAUCGAAGGAGAGGAGUUUUUUGUGAAAUACAAAAAUUAUUCCUACCUACACUGUGAGUGGGCCACAGAGCAGCAGCUGGAGAAGGACAAGAGGAUUCAGCAGAAGAUCAAACGUUUCAAGAUGAAACAAGCACAGAGGGCACUCUUCUUUGCAGAUAUGGAAGAGGAGCCCUUUAACCCUGACUAUGUAGAGGUAGACAGAGUACUGGAGGUGUCAUAUUGUGAGGACAAAGACACCGGAGAGGAGGUGGUGUACUACCUGGUGAAGUGGUGCUCUUUGCCUUAUGAAGACAGCACCUGGGAGCUAAAGGACGACGUAGAUCAGAGCAAGAUUGAAGAGUUUGAGCAGCUGCAGGCAGUCAAGCCAGACUCGCGCAGGGUGGAUCGACCCCCGGCCAAUCUGUGGAAGAAGAGGGAUCAGUCGAGGGAAUACAGGAAUGGCAACAGCCUCAGGGACUACCAGCUAGAGGGGGUCAACUGGCUCCUCUUCAACUGGUACAACAGACGAAACUGCAUCCUGGCAGACGAGAUGGGCCUGGGAAAGACCAUACAGUCCAUCACAUUCCUAGAAGAGAUCUAUCGUGUGGGCAUUAAAGGGCCAUUCCUCAUCAUUGCCCCUCUCUCCACCAUUGCCAACUGGGAGCGUGAGUUUCGUACUUGGACCCAUCUCAAUGUCAUCGUCUACCAUGGAAGCAUGGUCAGCAGGCAGAUGCUCCAACAGUAUGAGAUGUAUUUCAGGGAUGCACAGGGCCGUGCGAUUCGAGGUGCCUACAGGUUCCAGGCUGUUAUCACCACAUUUGAGAUGAUCCUGGGAGGCUGUCCCGAACUCAACGCCAUAGAGUGGCGCUGUGUUAUCAUCGAUGAGGCCCACCGUCUCAAGAACAAGAACUGCAAGCUGCUAGAAGGCUUCAAGCUCAUGAACCUGGAGCACAAGGUCCUGCUGACAGGUACUCCUCUCCAGAACACAGUGGAGGAGCUCUUCAGCCUUCUCCACUUCCUAGAGCCGGCACGCUUCCCCUCAGAAAACACUUUUAUGCAGGAGUUUGGAGACCUCAAGACUGAGGAGCAGGUACAGAAGCUUCAGGGUAUACUGAAACCAAUGAUGCUGCGUCGGUUGAAGGAGGACGUGGAGAAGAAGUUGGCUCCAAAAGAGGAAACCAUCAUCGAGGUUGAGCUCACCAACAUUCAAAAGAAAUACUACCGUGCCAUCCUAGAGAAGAACUUCUCUUUCUUGGCUAAAGGAGCUGGCCAGGCAAAUAUGCCCAACCUGGUCAACACCAUGAUGGAGCUGAGAAAGUGCUGCAACCACCCCUACCUCAUCAAAGGGGCAGAAGAGAAGAUCCUAGAGGACUUCAGGGAGGUGUAUAGCCCCACUGCCAUCGACUUUCACCUACAGGCUAUGGUACAGUCUGCCGGGAAGCUGGUCCUUAUUGACAAGCUGCUGCCUAAGAUGAAGGCCGGAGGGCACAAGGUGCUCAUCUUCUCCCAAAUGGUGCGCUGCCUGGACAUCUUGGAAGACUACCUCAUUCAGAGAAGGUACUUGUAUGAGAGGAUAGAUGGACGUGUUCGUGGGAACCUGCGGCAGGCAGCUAUCGACCGAUUCAGUAAGCCCGAGUCAGAACGCUUCGUUUUCCUUCUGUGUACGAGAGCUGGUGGCCUGGGAAUCAACCUCACAGCAGCAGACACCUGCAUCAUCUUUGACUCUGACUGGAACCCACAGAACGACCUGCAGGCCCAGGCUCGCUGCCAUCGGAUCGGUCAGAACAAGGCAGUGAAGGUGUAUCGUCUGAUCACCAGGAACUCGUAUGAGCGAGAAAUGUUUGAUCGCGCCAGCCUCAAGCUGGGCCUGGACAAAGCAGUGUUGCAGAGCAUGAGUGGUCGAGAUAACAGCCUGGGAGGAGGCGCCGGGGGAGGGGCUGUGCAGCAGCAGCUGUCUAAGAAGGAGAUUGAGGAUUUGUUGCGACGCGGUGCAUAUGGGGCCAUCAUGGAUGAGGAAGAUGAAGGGGCCAAAUUCUGUGAGGAGGACAUCGACCAGAUCCUCCAGCGCAGGACAAAGACCAUCACCAUUGAAUCUGAGGGACGAGGAUCCACCUUUGCUAAGGCUAGUUUUGUGGCAUCCGGAAACCGCACAGACAUCUCUCUGGAUGACCCCAACUUCUGGGACAAAUGGGCCAAAAAGGCUGACAUUGAUAUGGAUAUGGUCAACGGAAGAAACAGCUUGGUGAUCGACACUCCUCGUGUCAGAAAGCAAACAAGGCCAUUUAGUGCCACCAAGGAUGAGUUGGCAGAGCUUUCGGAGGGCGAAAGCGAGAAUGAUGAGACCAAACCUAAGCUCAGGCGAAACCACGACCGCCUCAACAGCUACGGACGCACAGAAUGCUUUAGAGUAGAAAAGAACCUGCUUGUUUAUGGGUGGGGCCGUUGGAAGGAUAUUCUCAACCAUGGGCGUUUUAAGAAGCAGCUGACGGAGUGGGAUGUGGAAUCCAUCUGCAGAGCCCUGCUAUCUUACUGCCUGGUCCAUUACCGUGGAGAUGACAAAAUCAAAAGCUUCAUGUGGGACCUGAUCGCCCCUAGUGAGGACGGACGCACCAAGGAGCUGCAGAAUCACCUGGGUUUGUCCGCCCCAGUCCCUCGGGGCCGAAAAGGUAAGAAGAUGAAGACCCAGUCCAGCUCUUUUGACAUCCACAAAGCUGAGUGGCUCAGGAAACACAACCCUGAGCACAUGCUUCAGGACGACGGCUACAAGAAACACCUCAAACACCACUGCAACAAGGUGCUGCUCAGGGUCAGAAUGCUCUACUACCUGAAACAAGAGGUCAUAGGAAGCCAGGCCCAGAAGGUGCUAGACGGCGUGGAAUCCAGUGAGAUAAAGAUCUGGGUGCCAGACCCUGACCAUUCUGAGCUGCCAGCCUUGUGGUGGGAUGCUAUCUCUGACAAGUGUCUGCUGCUGGGUGUCUUUAAGCACGGUUAUGAGAAGUACAACACUAUUCGUGCCGACCCUACACUGUGCUUCAUAGAGCGUGUGGGACGACCAGAUGAGAAGGCCAUCGCUGCCGAACAGAGAGGCAAUGAUUUUAUGGAUGGGGAUGUGGAUGAUCCUGAGUACAAGCCUGCUCCAGCCCUGCUGAAGGACGAUAUGGAGGAUGACGCCUCUUCCCCUGGAGACUUGGUUGUCACUGACAACGCUGGAGAUGCUGUUCCAGUGACAGGAGGUCAAACUAUCUACUGGCCCUCACCCUCUGUGCUGACAGCCAGGCUGAGGCGUCUGAUUACAGCCUCUCAGCGCUUCACCAAGAGCCGGCAGAUACUCCAAAUCCACCAGACUCAGUCUCAAUCCCAGCAGACCAUGAUACUGUCUGCUCCACUGUGCCCGCUGCCCUCCACACUCAAUGACACCCUCAACCCCAAGAUGGCAGCUAAGAUUGAACGCCAACAAAGAUGGACAAGGCGAGAAGAGGCUGACUUCUACCGUGUGGUCUCCACUUUUGGUGUCGUUUUUGACCCAAACCUCGGGCGGUUCGACUGGACCAAGUUCAGGGCCAUGGCUCGGCUACACAAGAAGACCGACGAGAGCCUGCAGAAAUACCUCUGUGCUUUUACUGCCAUGUGCCGAAGGGUGUGUCGCCUGCCACCCAAAGAGGGAGACUCUGCAGUGGACCCAUCUCUUAACAUUCAGCCCAUCACAGAGGAGAGAGCGUCUCGUACCCUGUACAGAGUAGAGUUACUUCGCCAGGUGAGAGAACAAGUCCUUCGCCAUUCGUUACUCUAUGAGCGCCUGCCGCUGUGCCAGAUGAGCUCUGAUUUACCCAUCUGGUGGGAAGCUGGUACCCAUGACCGUGACCUGCUAAUUGGUGCUGCCAAGCACGGCGUCAGCCGCACAGAUUACCACAUCCUGAGAGACCCUGAGCUCAGCUUCAUGGCUGCCCAACGCAACUACAGCCAAACAAAAGCUGCACAGCAGCAGUCGCGCACAUCCACCCCGCUUCUACACCCUCAGUGCCAGGCCACUAGCUCAGUGUUGACAGGCUCUCCACUGCCUCCACCCGCCCAGAGAGACACAGAGCCCUGUGGGGUUGUACCUAAAGUGGAACCAGCCUCAGAGGGAGAGGAGGGCAGGGAGAAACAGGGGGAGAAUUGGAGCCCUUCUCGAGCACCAGCUACUCCCACAGGUCUGGAGGAGAAGCCUGUUUCUGAGAUGAUGGAAAGUGAAAGGCAGAUGGUGGCAGCACGAACCAAACCUCUCACACCCAACUCCUCUGAGAGGAAACCCAAGAAGGCCAGCAAGAGGGGCCGCAGGGAUCCUAGGCGUGGCUCCGAGUCUGACUCGGAUGGCUCUUCCUCAAGUUCUUCAUCGCGCUCCUCUUCCUCUUCUUCAUCAUCCUCUUCUUCCUCGUCACAUUCCGGGUCCAGCUCCUCCUCCUCUUCAUCGUCUUGCUCCUCUGGCUCUUCAUCGUCGUCGUCCACCUCCUCAUCUUCUUCUGAUGACAGCGAAAGUGAGGGAGAGGAAGGCAAGAAGAAAGUGCCUGCAGCAACAAGUGUAAAGGGCUUUGAUGAGGACAGUGUGGCGUCUCUGAGCACUACACAGGAUGAAACACAAGACACCCAUGUGGCUGAGAACGGCAUCGCCAACUCCUCACAUCCUUUCCAGGGAGGAGGAUACAUGCUGGCUGCAUCCUACUGGCCAAAGGAUCGUGUGAUCAUCAACCGCCUGGACAGCAUUUGCCAGGCUGUGCUAAAGGGCAAGUGGCCUGGAACACGUCGGGUCUACGAGCCUGGAGGGGUAGUGGCCUCCUUCUACACCACCAAGCUGCUGGACAACGCCAACAGCCUGUGUGAGGACCCCUCUGCCUCGCCACAGGGGUCAAAGGAGGGAGGUUUGAAGUUGACCUUCCAGAAACAAGGUCUACCUCUGAAGAGGCCCCUGGAGUCAGAGGAGGGCCCCCAUGCCCAGCAGCAGUACCUGGCCCGGCUUCAUGAGCUACAGAGCGCCUCGGACACCGGACUGGCUGAUAUCACCAAGCCUCAGUGCGGCUUCCAGACUGUUCCUCCAGAUCUUACUGGUCAGAUGAGGCUAAACGGAGUAAUGGACGGCCAGCCAGUGGUUAAGAAGCGGAGGGGAAGGAGGAAGAACGUGGAGGGGAUGGACCUGCUCUUCAUGAACAAGAGCAGAGUCCCUGCUGUGCCUGAUCCGGUGCCUCCAGGGUGGGGUGGUAUUGGCCAGGUGGGCAUGGCUGUGGCCCCUGCGCUGGGCUACAGCCAGAGCUCCAGUCAGGUCCCCUCGGACACCGAGAGCAGGGUCCCUGUCAUCAACCUCAAAGAUGGCACCCGGCUUGCUGGGGACGACGCUCCCAGGAGGAAAGAUUUAGAACAGUGGCUACAAGAACACCCUGGCUUUGUGGCAGACACAGGAGCCUUUAUCCCUGGGGUAAAUAAGAUGCAAAUGCAGUUCCACUUCCAGGACGGUCGGCCCAAGCAGAAGAGGCACCGCUGCAGGAACCCAAACAAGAUUGACGUGAACAGCUUGACAGGAGAGGAGAGGGUCCAGAUCAUCAACAGGAGAAAUGCACGCAAGGUUGGUGGAGCCUUUGCUCCUCCUCUGAAAGAUCUGUGCCGGUUCCUUCAGGAGAACCCGGAGUACGGAGUCCCACCUGAAUGGGCAGAUGUUGUCAAACAGUCGGGUUACCUCCCAGAGAGCAUGUUUGACAGGAUCCUGACGGGACCCAUCGUACCUGAGGAGGUGAGCCGGCGUGGACGUCGACCUAAGAACCCUCUGGCCAAGGCGGCUGCAGCGGCGACGGCGGCAGCAGCAACACCCAACCCAGCAGCCUCCACACUGGGGCUGAACCCCCUGCUGGCCAACGGCCUCCUCUCUGGAAUGGACCUGACCAGCCUGCAGGCCUUCCAGCAAAACCUCCAGAGCUUACAGUCCCUGCAGCUCACCGCAGGACUGAUGGGGCUGCCGUCCGACGCCAGCAACCUGGCUGCAAGUAACUUAGCUGCAAUGUUUCCCAUGAUGCUGUCUGGUAUGGCUGGGUUGCCAAACCUGCUUGGCAUGAGCAGCUUGCUUGGGAAGCCUGCUGAGGAGGACACAGGAGGCUCUGAGGAGAAGACAAAGGGAGCCGCCAGCGGUGAAGCAGGAGAGCCGUCUGCCUCUAAAGCGCCCCAACACACCUCAGACACCAAAGGAGAAAGGACAGAGGGCUCAAACACGACUCCUUCCUCCACUUCCAGCUCCACUUCCUCUGCCACCGCCCCACAAAGUGCUUCAGCUGCCUCUGCAGCCUCCAGUCACCCACUGUCUCUUAACCCCUUGUUACUCUCCAGUAUGCUCUACCCAGGGAUGCUUCUCACUCCAGGCCUUAACCUUCCUGUGUCUGCCUCACAGCCGCAGAGCUCAAACAGUGACCCCGCCCUUGCUCCUCCUCCACCUGCACUCUCCAAGUCAUCGGCACAGGAGACAGAGCGGCUAGUGGCAGAAAAGGACGGGGAGGAGGAUGAAGAGGCUUUGGAUGAUGAAGAAGAAGAAGAAGAGGAGGAGGAGGAGGAGGAGUCAGCAGAACAAAAAGAAAACAGUGGUCCUGAAGGUUCGGGGAAAGCAGAGUCAUCUUCAUCAGAGUCUGGAAGCUCUUCUUCCUCAUCAGAUGAUUCAGACUCCAGUGAUGAGGACUGAUCCUAUGAAUAUAUAAUUCUAAAUUUAUUUAUGUAUUGCCUAGAAAUGUAUACAUAUAUUCACAUAUAUAUGGAUUUUCCAGCACUUAUGUUGCGAUUUCUUUACAUGUAAAUAUAAGAACUAACUCAAAUGUUGUGUAAUAAAGACUACAAAAACCUUAAAAAAAAACAAAAAAAAACAGGAAAAACUGACUUAAAAGGAACUGAAAUAAAAUUUCAGUUUUUGUUCACAAGGUACAGUCUUGUUUUGAGACAUUUUGCAUGUCAGACUUUAGUAGAUUUCUGAACUCUGUGAACUUGUACCACACAAUUAUGUACAAUUGCAACAAAAAAGGCAUUAUUGUAAUUAUGUCAGGAUUUAAUUUUAUUAAAAAAGUGAAACUACA